CACAUUUCGCCUCCCUCAACUAUCAAAACCCUAGCACCCAAAUCCUCUGUCCCUCCCUUCUUCAAACCCUAGAUCUCAUCAUCUUCAGCCAUGGCCGAAACUCUAAACCUCAAGGGAGUAAUGAAGGGCCACACCGACAUGGUGACGGCCAUCGCUACCCCAAUCGACAACACUGACAUGAUCGUCACGUCCUCGCGUGACAAGUCCGUGCUCGUCUGGACCCUCACCAAGGACGCACCAAGGACGCCGCCGCCGGCUCUGGAUCCCGCCACCGCCAUCUACGGCGUCCCCCGCCGUCGCCUCACUGGCCACUCUCACUUUGUUCAGGAUGUUGUCCUGUCCUCUGACGGUCAGUUUGCGCUCUCGGGAUCCUGGGAUGGUGAGCUUAGGCUUUGGGAUUUGAACACUGGGGCUACUACUAGGAGGUUUGUUGGACAUACUAAGGAUGUGCUCUCAGUUGCGUUUUCGGUUGAUAAUCGACAGAUUGUGUCGGCUUCUAGGGAUCGAACCAUCAAGUUGUGGAACACUCUAGGUGAGUGCAAGUACACUAUCCAAGAUGCUGAUGGUCACUCCAACUGGGUUAGCUGUGUCCGCUUCAGCCCAAAUAUUCUUCAGCCUACAAUUGUGUCUGGAUCUUGGGAUCGUAUGGUUAAGGUUUGGAACCUUACCAACUGUAAAAUCAGAUGCACUCUUAGUGGACAUGGAGGAUAUGUUAACACUGUGGCAGUGAGUCCUGAUGGCUCACUCUGUGCAAGCGGAGGGAGAGAUGGUAUCACACUGCUGUGGGAUUUGGCGGAGGGCAAGAGGUUAUACUCACUUGAUGCUGGGGCCAUCAUUCAUGCAUUGUGCUUCAGCCCGAAUAGGUACUGGCUCUGUGCUGCUACCCAGGACAGUGUGAAGAUAUGGGAUCUUGAGAGUAAGUCUAUUGUUCAGGAUCUGAAGCCCACCGAUGCUCAGCCCGCUCCUUCCGCUAAAAAAGAGAAGAUACUGUACUGCACCAGCCUGAGCUGGAGUUCUGAUGGAAGCACGCUCUUCACUGGUUACACUGAUGGAUCAAUCAGAGUCUGGGAGAUCAGCCGUUACUAGAGAGACCAGUAAUCAUAGCAAAGAAAAUUGUUGGUUGUGAUGGAUCACUAUUUUGCAAAUGAACUUGCGGUCUUUUGUUUGAUUUUUUUGUCAUGUUUUCUUUUUGACUUAAAUGGAAGAGGUCUUUUUGUUAUGAAUCUCUCUUGUUUCUAAAACUUUCUUAUGACCAUAAACUUCUGCAUCACUGGCUUUCUUAUUUA